UCUGUUGCAUUUGAGUUCUGAAAGAGGAAGGAAACGUUUCCUGCAUCAUGAAUCCACCAAAGAAGAACUUUUUUGUUCGUAACAGAGUACUCUUUGUAGGAUUAAUAAGUAUUACACUCAUUCAUGUUGGAUGGUUCCACAUUGCCAAUGAUCCUGUCUUCAAUAAAGAAGCUGGACAUUCAAAGAAGAAAGUUUCAGAUCGUCUUCCAUCUUAUAUCAAAUCAAAGGCUUUGAAGUCACCAGCUGAGAAGUCCAAUUAGUUAUCACUGGAGUACCAAUACCUGUGCAAUCAGUGGAGAAUUUAGGACAUACCAUAGACUUUUGAAAUUUAAUAUCUCUGAAGGACAUAUUACCAUGGGUCUCAAAAAGAUUAUAAUGGAACACAAGUUCAUGAGUGUUGGAAUUGCUUUGGUCACGACCCACCUUUUGAUCUACAAUGUUCAGAAGAUUGCAAAAACUUCAGCUAGGAUUGAGGAUAGGAAAGAGCAAGAUACUGUACUGGUUAUUGGGAAAGAUGAGAAGUAAAUCAUCUAGCUAAGCAGACCAUUGAUCAAGAUGUCUGCUGUGUCCCCAGGAACAAGUAUGGCCUAUCAAACUCCAAAGGAACAAUCUCGCAUCAGCUCUUAUGACCAGCAACAUCCAUCCAACAUCCGUGCUCUCCAAGCCUUCAAAUCCAUCAUCAAAUCAUGCUACGGACCGCAAGGGCACUUGAAAAUGAUUCAGAACCAGUGUGGAGGCCAUGUUACCCUGACUUCCUCCAGCCAGAGACUACUGUCAACCCUUUCCUUAUCCAAACCACUGCUGAAGAUGAUAUCUACAGCAGUGGAGGGACAUCUCAAGGUGUAUUCAGAUGGAGGUCUUCAUGCUGCUCUUCUGGCAUGCUCACUCAUCCAAGGUUGCUGGGAGACAGGACUACAUCCUAUGAUGUGUGUAGCUGUCAAUGAAGUAAUGCAGGACAUAUGCAAGAAAACUAUGUUGUCCAGUGAAAGCUGUAGGAUACCUAUCAAUGUGGCGUCCAUGGAGACACUCUUGUCUCUUGUUCACCCAGUGAUUGCUUCAAAGCCAGGGUGUGGCCUGGUCAAGCGGGACCUUUGCUUGGUAGCAAGAUUAAUCGUACAAUCCUUUAUAUCCUCCAUUCCCAGUGUAGACCACGGUCAGCCACUGACCAUUCCUGAGGUCCAACUCAUCGGAGUAGAGGGAGAGAUGCCUUCAGAAUCACAUAUUGUAGAAGGUAUAUUGAUAGAAGCUCCAGAUAUUCCUGCUUUCUUUACUAAGGAUUUACAAGUGCCUAAGGUAGAGAUUGGACCUGAUGCUGGGUGUGUUAGAGUGGUGCUGUUCAACAUAUCUCUGUCAGGGGAUAGUGAAGAAUACACCGAUGUUCGUUUUGAGCUGGCCCCAGGAGUGACAGCUGAAGCUAGUAAUCUGAAAGCCAUGAGGGAUCUGGUUGAUCAGCUUGUGGACAUGAGAGUUGGAUUAAUAGCAUGUCAAAAGGUCAUACAUCCAUCCAUCAAAAGCUACCUCAGACAGAAGGGGAUUUUAGCCAUGGAUCGUCUGUCCAUUCGUCAUAUUGGAGCAGUACAGCAGAUCACUGGUGCAGAAGUUCUUGGUUCUUUCAACUGUGCAGUCCCAUCGUCAAGUUUAGGCAAGGUGUCGGAUGUCAAACACCUUGUCAUGUUUGGUAGGAGCUAUCUCCAUCUCCAGAACAAUUCUUCAUCACUUUGUACACUGGUAUUAUGCAAUCACACUGAGCAGAGUCUGGAGGAAAUGAAGCAUGUAUGUAAUGUAGCUCAUCAUACCCUGGCCUUGACCUUGAGUGAUCCCACUGCUGUACCUGGAGCUGGCUGUCUCCAUGUUAUCCUGGCUCAUCAUAUUAGAGAACAGGUAAUGCACAUGGAUGAAAGCACAUGGAGAGAUGCAGGGUGCUCCAAAAGCCAGUUUCUGAAAUUAGCUGAUACCUUUGCAUCCAGCUUAGAGGAAGUCGCCGUGGCAACUUCGUGUACAAAUACCAGCCAUCUUGUUACGGACUCCACAUCUCAUCACAGCUGGUCCAUCCCAAGGGAGGCCAUGGAGGAUCCUGAUUGGCUGCAGAGAAUGGGUGGGUGUGGCUGUGGCAUGAAGCUAGCCAAUCAGAUGAGGCAAAGCUCUUGGGGCAUUGUGGGAAAUCUCAAGUAUGGAGAGUACAGGAUGGAAGAGGAAGCUACAACAGAUGCAAGCAGGACUACAAUUGACACUGCUUAUGGAGAGAAAACUGAAACUAGGAAUGAUGAUGAUCCCAUUAGCACAGAUCGGACUGCAAUGCAUGAUGGGAUGUGUGGUCAGAAGCCUUCUAUGGGUCUAGAUAGAGACAAGACUUGCCUGAUCUUGGACUCCUUUGCUGUGAGGUUCAAUUCAUUUUGUGUGGCUGUGGACAUUGUUAAUGUGGUGUUGAGGAUUGGACAUACUGUAGAAGAUAUCAAUUGAUAUCAUUACCUUAAAUGGACAAUUUGCAAUUGGUUCACCUAUCAUAAUUUCUAAAGGUGAAGUUCAUCAUUAUAUAUUUUGUGAAAUCCAGAAUUCAAUACCACUGUUGACUCAUGUUUUUAUCAAUGUUAUCAUGAUAUAGCAAUUUUGUUGUUCCUUUUCUCCUACAAAUGAGCAGGGUUGGGCUCAAUUGCAAGGUAAUUGAUCAAUUAUGUAAUUAAUUACAUUUUUUUGAGUAAUUGUUAUUGUAAUUUAAGUUGAAAGAAAGUAAUUAAAAUUUUUAAAAAAUGUAAAUGACUUCAAUUACUUUUAAUUACAUUCAAUUAUUUUACAAUAAACUUACUUAAUUUGUGAUUUAAUUUCUUGGCCUUGUUCAUGUCAACUGCUUCAGCAUCAAAGAGAUUAACAGGCAGACCUUCAUCUUUUUUCAGUUUCUCUGAAACUUAAACUUAUGUUGAAAUAGGUGGUAAUAUAUUAAAAAUAAAAAUUGGUGUCAUGACAUUUCUAGAAAGUAAUUGAAGUUGUAAUUUGUAAUUGACAAAAGUAAUUGGUCAAUUAUAAUUUAAAAGUUAUUGUAAUCGAACAUUUCUCCAAUUACGUAUUUGUAAUUGAAGAAAUUAAUUUAGCCCAACCCUGCGAAUGAGUGAUCUCAUUAUAAAUUCUUGACAUUCUCCAUACUGUUUUCAUUUUUUAUUUCAAGAAAAUUCACCCAAUAGGCAAUAGUCUAGAAUCAGCUUUUCAUUUUCUAGUUGCCUCAAGCUGAUCAAUGAAGAGCUUAACAAUAAAAUAUUUGCAAGUAGGUCAGUCUUCCAUCGGUACAUGGAAAUGCUUAACCUUUUGGAUCAAACUUUACAUAAUUCUUUGUAUUUUCAUUUUAGAUUUAAUAUUUCUGUGCAACUGCUUCAAAACAUGCUAUUUGAUAUUACUCUUCAAAAUUUCUUUACCUUUGUGUGUGUUGUACUCUAACCUGAACAAGUUCUGAAGCUGUGGAUUCUAAAUUAUCAAAUGAAAUGUGCAAUUUUUAUCAUGCUCAGUUGCCUCUAUGUUUAACUGUAGUUAUAAGAAGUGUUUUUCUUCAGUAUUUUUUGAGAAUAUUAAAUGCUGGUAAUUUUUUGUAUAAUUAUUUACCCAUAGCCACUUUUAAGAACAAAUAUUUCUCUCAAUAUGUCUGAUGUAUCAUUUCCCUGAAUUAAAUUUUCUCAGUUUUAAAACUUUUUGGUGUAAACUCGUAGACAUAUUUUCAUUUAUGAUCUUUUAAAUGUAACUACAAAGAAUAAAUUGUCAACAUGAUAAAUCAGAUGUGGUUGCCAAUUUGAACAUGGGAGAAAUUGUCUCAAAGUGAUUCUAAAAGGCUGUUAAUAUUGUAUUUUUAACAAUAUUUUUUUUUGUUCCAAUAGCUAUCAUGUUUUCAUGAGUUCUGUUAUAAUUCAAGCCAGUCAGAGGAGAAAUAAUGAAUGCUAGCAGAGAAAUGAUAAUACUAAAAUUUUACAAAUGUGCUUAAGCACCUGUCCUAACUGUAGCUUUGAAAAUGAGCAGUAUACUCACGGAUGUCAACACUAAUUUCUAUAAUUACACAACAAAUUUUAAUCUAUUAGAAUAAUUUGCUACCUAAUUAUACUGAGGUCAUUAUCAUGCAUUCUGUUUGAGCCAAUUUUAUGAUUACCUCAACCAGAAUUUUUCUGUAAUUAAGAUUAAUUAAAUCCUCACUUUUAAUGAUUUGUUUACAAUUGUAUGUGUGUGUGUGUGUGUUCACUCCUCGCUACUAUGAUUAAAAGAGUAAUGCAAAUAAACAUUACAAUUGUUUGGAUGGUUGAAAAUCAUCUGCUAAUUAUCGAAAGUUCAGACUACCAUUCCUCAAGGAUGAAAACUGGAGUCAAUAAAUGACAGUCUUUACAGAGUCAGAAGAAGGUGCUGAUAAUUUAGAGUUCAAUUCAGUUCAAGUGUCUUUAUUUCUCACGUGUCAAAUGUUAAAGGUAACAAUAUAACAAAAAUGAUGCAUAAGGAUUGCGACAAAUUGGCAAUAAAUCUUAGAUACAAAUACAAAAUCAAUAGUUUGAUUACACAUGAUGUAGAAAACAUGAGAAACAAGACACUAAAAAAAGAAGCAGAGCCUGACAAAAUUUAGUACCUCUGAGAUUAAAUACGAUUUGUAAGUCAUAUAGUCGAAAUAAGACUAUAUAUGAAAGUAUUGACCAUUAUACAUUGCCGCCUUAGAAAACGAAAAAACAUCAUUGUUAAAAGAGGUUAUUAGAGGUUACGUCUUUGAGCCUCCAAAAAUGAUGCCAUCAUUAUUUUUUCUGAUUCAAACUGAUUUUUGCAAGAUGUUUCCUAUUUCAUGUAUUACUUUGAUUCAAGAGGGUUUUUUUUCAAAUAUAAAUACUGUUGAAUAUGAUAAUAGAGUAUCAACAUAAAUAAUGCACUGAUGUCCAUGAGUAGAUGUGAUUGCAUGGUAUGCAUUGUAAUCUGAAAUCUAAUAAGAUCUAUAAAAAAAUAGUAUGACACAAAAAUAAUUUGUGCAUGACUUAUCUAUAACACGAGACAGCAUUUAAAGAAGAUGAAUCGAAAGGUCAAUUAUGUAUGUUGUAAUUGAGCAUGAUAAUAAAGAAAAUGAUUUAAUAAUG